GAGCGCAGCAACAACACGCAUGCGCAAAACCGGUGUAUCCAGAAAGGUAAACUUCGCUGAAUUUAGGACGUGUUGAAGCGUUUGCUAACUCCAGGAAAUGGACAAUGACUUGAAUUUUACUGUAUUCGCGGAAGGUACGUUAGUCUCUUAUGUAAGCAAAGCUUGAAUCUGUGAGGUUGCCGUCGACUUUCUGGGGGUGAUAUCCUGUAUUUGGAAUAUUCUUGAAGACGGAAGUGAGGGGUUGUUGUUGUUAUUCCUCAAUCAAGCCUCUGAUUGAACCCGACGCGUGCAUGACAGUUUCUGAAUGCCUGCUGACCUGUUUUAUGCACACCUAUGAUUUCCUGCCGAAGAUAGCCAAGAGUUUCCACCUUUCCUUGAGGUUUUGCGUCGGGAUGGCAGCGGCGGCGGAGGAGGGCGGCGGAGGCGGAGGCUCCGCGCCGCUGUCCGCAGGUGAUGGUGAACCUGAGGAGGCCGAGGUGUUCACCUGCCCGACCUACUGCUCGGAGCUCUCCCGCCGGCAGAACGAGCAGAGGAAGGCGGGGUUGUUCUGCGACCUGACCCUGGUGUUCAGCUCCAGGGGCGCGUCUGGCGUGGAGAGGGUCCUGACCUUACCUGCCCACCGCACGGUCCUCUCUGCGGCCUCGCAGUAUUUCGAGCUGCUGCUGGGCGGACAGUUCUCGGAGUCCCAGACCGGGAGAGUGGAGCUGAGGGAGUGGAGCUCCGCGGCGGGGCCCGACCCGGAGACUGUGGAGGCGGUCAUACACUUCAUGUACACGGGAGAGGUCCGGGUGACCAACGCUAAUGUUCACGACGUGCUGGAACUAGCCGACAGGUUCUUAUUGGGUCAGCUGAAGAGCUUCUGUGCAAAGUUUCUGGUGAAGAAGUUGAAUCUUUCCAACUGCGUAGCUGUGCACAGCCUGGCCCACAUGUACAGCCUGAACCAGCUGGCUCUGGAAGCUGCCGAGAUGAUCAGAAGAAACUUCCAGAAAGUCAUUUACAACGACGAGUUCUACACUCUUCCUUUUCAUCUGGUGCGAGACUGGAUGUUGGACUCGGAAAUCACCGUGGACUCAGAGCAGCAGCUGUUUGAAGCGAUCGUGAAAUGGGUCCACCAAAACCCGGAGGAACGGGUGCGGUUUUUUGAAGAGCUGUUCAAGCUGGUGAGGCUGAAGCAGAUUCCUCCAACCGACUUAAUGCGUGUGGUUAGAAAGGAGCCCUUAGUGGCUAACAAGACAGAGUGCCAGCAGCUGGUGGUGGACGCUCUGGAGUUUCACGCAGUUUGCUCGGAGGGCCUCAAGUCGGCUAACUUGGAUCAGAGUACCUCCUACAUGGCGGCUAUUCAUCCACGCCUUGGCCAGAACAUGGACGUGAUUAUGGUGGUAGGUGGAGUCUCAGAAGGCGGAGAGUAUCUCAGCGAAUGCGUUGGCUACUUUGUCGCUGAGGAUCGUUGGAUCAACCUGCCGCACAUUCACAACCACCUGGACGGCCACGCCAUCGCGGUCACCGAGGGCCACAUCUAUGUGGCGGGCUCCAUGGAGCCUGGCUUUGCCAAGAUGGUGGAGCGUUACAACACCAGCCUCAAUACUUGGGAGGAUGUCAGCAGCUUGUCCACGCGGAAGCACUCAUUCGGCCUAACGGGCGUCAAGGAUGUCCUCUAUGGUAUUGGGGGUCACGGUAACUUCAGCCCAGGCUUUAAGGAUGUCACCGUUUAUAAACCGGAGCAGGAUGAGUGGAUCAGCCUUGAGCCAGCGCCGAAGAUCGUACGAGACGUAAAAACAGUGACAGUAGAGGAUCGAUAUGUGUAUGUAAUGGCCAGGACGCCUGAAGAUAUCGACCAUGAUGAUGGACUGAGCACCGUGACCAUGUGCUACGACACAGAGAGUCACAGGUGGCAGGACGUUCACUCAUUACCUCUGAUUGAUAACUACUGCAGCUUCCAAAUGGCCGUCUCAUCCACAACCUUCUACCACACCGCUUCCUGCUGCCCCAAAAGCUACAAGGCAACUUUUGAGGCCGCUCAGCAGAAAGUAAGCAGAAACAUCCCGGAGGAGAUCCUCAGCAGCCUUCCAACAGAAGUGCUUGGGAUGGAAGGAGCCGCCAUCUGCUUCCUUGGUGAGGAUGUCUUCAUCAUCGGAGGCUGGAGAAACAGCAGCAGCUUGGACAAGCAGUACCGCAAGGAGACGUACCGCUACUGCGCCGACAAAAAGCGCUGGACGCUUCUGCCGCCCCUGCCUCAGCCGCGCUGCCGAGCGGCGGCCUGCCACGUCCGCAUCCCGUACAGAUACUUGCGCGGCUGCCAGCGCUACCCAAUGCCGCAGAACCUGGCGCGCCAACGAGACCGCAUGCAGCAAAUGCAGCAGAUGCACCGACUCACUCUCACCAGGCGGAGACAGAUGCACUCUCAGAUCGAAUGCUAAAUUAGGAUUAAAGAUUGUGCAGUGAAUAAUUAACACUUUAUCUCCAGAUAAAUGAUUCUCACAAUGA